CGCGCGCACAAAGUCUAGUUUGUAUGAGGCUGGGCUGUUGCAACCGGGCACGCCGUCACUAUUACAGCAGAGAAUCCGAAGAUGCGCUGGCUUGGGUUGACGUUGCCUAUUGUGCUCGCGAUGACGACGUGGUCACCGCGCACGGUGCGGGCGACGAACAGCUACGAUGAAGACGAACUGGUCACCAAGUGGAAGGACAUGGAGUCUUCCAUGAGAGAGGUGGUCCAGGGCGCCCUGAAGAAGGCCCUUCCAGAAGUUGUGAGGAUGAGCCAGGAAGACGGCGGCCUAUCGGCACCCUGCACGUCCGCCUUCAUUGGAGUGUUUCGUCGGCUCGGCAGCUUGGACAAAGAGGUGAUGAAAAUGAUUGACGCGUCGGGCAAGCUGGCUCCGGGUCUGCUGGACGGAUCGCUCACCGACUUCGGCGACUACGACGAGUGCCUGAGCGUGGCCGUUCCUGACGCCUCUUCGGAGGAUGGCUCCCUGCUGUUCCGUGGCCAGUACUGCAUGGUGAAGUCGAGGCCUCCGCUGCCGCCCAAGCCGCGCGUCGUCACCAAACACUUCGCGGCCAUCAACUUGACCCUCUUCCCGGAAAACUCGGUGAUGCGAGAGUUCGCCAAGGACGCUGGAACUUUCUACACGACGACUGCGAGGACUGGGCUGUGCAUGCCUUCGGUGUGUUCCAAGAAGGACGUAGAAACAAUCGCAAAGAACGUUUUCAGAGGAAUACACUGGGAUGCGAUUGUAAGCGACUGCUCUCAAGACUUGGCCGCCAACCUGACCCCCAAAGACAAGAUAUUCAUAGCCGUACUGGUGUGCAUAAGCUUACCCGUGCUCCUGUCCACGACUGCACAAGUGCUUGGCAAGUUUCUCAUGACGUCACCAACGUACAAUAAAAGCCACGGUAAGGUUCCUGAAAGAACGCUACGCCAGCCGCUCACAUCUCCCCCGAUACUCCGGCACUACGAUCACCAGGCGUCCACGGAGGUGGACAGAGGUGCCAGUGGCGUGGGCCUUCGUGCGGUGCUCGCGCAACGCAAGCCUAGGUAUAACGAGCUUAUUGUCGCCUACGCGAGCCGAACCCUCACAACGACCGAGAUCAACCACUCAACCACUGACAAAGAGUGCCUGGCUAUAGCCUGGGCUCUUGGAAGUCCCGUCUUAGAAAGACUCUCCGGCUUGUCGGCCUACGAAACGGCACGCAAGAUCUUCGUCGUCAAGGGGCCGGCGGACGACGAGACGAGACGGCUGCAGGUGUUCCACGGCCUCCGGGCGCUGAGCAUCGUGUGGAUAGUCUGGGUGCACCAUUACGCCUACAACGACACGUCCGUCUAUUCCGGCGCUAAGAUAGCCAAGAAAUUGGUGGUGCAGUACAACACGCAGCCAUUCAACAAUGCUUGGUUGGCAGUGGACACAUUCUUCUUUAUCAGUGGCUUCUUUCUCCUGUACGCAAUAUACAAGCAGAUGAGGUCGGCUGGCUUGGGACAAGUUUUGUUCUACAUCGUCGUGCGGUGGUGGAGGCUGAUUCCGAUGGCUUGUAUGGGAAUACUCAUGCUCACUCUGAUACGACACUUCGGUGAGGGACCUUUGUGGAACGAGUACAUUGGUGCUGAGAUAGAAAAAUGCAACCAGCACUGGUGGCUUUUGCUCCUCAAUGUUCAAAAUUUCCUGAGACAUGACGAACUGUGUCUUGUGCCCUACUGGUACAUAUCCGUAGACACACAGCUCCACAUUUUCUUCAUAGGCUUCGCGAUUUUAUUGUUCAGAAAUUUUUACCUUUCGGUGACCGCUAUGCUCUUUUUGGUGAUCACAAGCACCAUAGUGGUUGCGUGCCAGACUCUGGUUCACAGCUAUACGCCGACGGCACUCUUUGUCGCAGGGGAUUCAACGUUUGCAAAGGAGGUGCUUGAACAAAUUUAUUUCAGACCAUACACCCACUUUGGCCCUUUCUGCUUGGGUAUGAUAAUCGCCUACGCGUUUCUCACGAAGAAACCGCGCUUUGAACUGGGAUGGGCGUGCCAGGGAGUCACGUGGACCGCAGUGCUCAUAGCGGGAGCCACCGUGCUGUUCUCCACCAAGCGGUGGGGCGACGGGGACACGCUGCCUGCGCCCUGGAUUGCAGCCGCCUACGCAUCCUGCCACCGCCUCGUGUGGGCGCUCUGCAUCGGAUGGCUCGUGUUCGCCUGCAUCUCUGACCGUGGAGGCUUGGUCAACAGCGUGCUCUGCAGUCCUCUGCUGGUGCCCCUGAGCCGGCUAUCGUACGCGGUGUACGUGCUGCAUGUGCCGAUCGUCUGGUUCCGUCUCUGGACCAUCCGAGAGCGCAUCCUCAUCUGGUUUUUGCCCAUGUUCUACAACGCCAUGGGCACCCUCGUCCUUUCCUUCUUCGUGGCUCUUGGAGCGUCCAUCUUCAUCGAGCGGCCUCUAGUCGUGGUAAAGGACCUGGUCGUGAGCUGCCUCGCUGGACCGCUAGACUGCAAAUGCCCGCAACCCGACGGAGGUGGAAAGACUCGACGCCCGCCCGUGGCGAGCUCCGGCGGCGGAAUCUUCUCCAAGCCCGCUGCGGCAAAGACCACUGCCGGGCUUCGGAGCGAGUCGUGCACGGUCCACCUGUGAUCGCGGUGACAGCAGUUUACCUGUCACAACUAGAUGCCCUAUGAAAACUGAGGGCUCUGCCAUGUACGGCGAGCACCUUUCGUUGUGGGGGCAGCAGGGAAAUGCUAGCGAACAAUUAUUUCUCUUUUACUGUACUUUCAAAGGACCCUCCCAACAGCCAUUUUGUCGAUUUUAAUAAUUUUUUUUCGCGCUUCGUCAAUGGUGCUAGCUGCAUUUGGCUUACGUUCUCACUGGGAUGAGUCUUUGCAUGAUAAGAGGCAAAUAGUAUCGAGAAAAAUGAAUUUUUCAUUACACCGGCCCAGGUUUGGACGUCGCAAACAAGCGCGGUUCACAUGUACAUGCCGCUGUGAUGAUCAUGUCUGCAAAGCGUUACAAUGGCUCCCGCCGCUAAAACAGCUUAGCAUUCGUACGCGAAAGCUCGCGUGACCUUCUUCGCAAACAGCCUUCCCACGAGCCGAGGCGUGAACUUAGAGCUGUCGCGCAAGUACCCAGCACCAAGUAAAAAAUUUGGAGAUUCCCGGGAAAAGUUUAGAGCGCCAAACCAUCACCUGAAAUGCGCCACGGGACAAGAAGGACAGUGUCGUGAAAGCCUACUUUGGCUUCUGUAAAGGCUCAUUUACACCUGGCAGCACGACACCGAUGUCGAUCUGCCGACUGUCGGCGACAGCGUUUUUUGCG